AUGUCGGCAUCAGCACUGCAACAAGCACAGGGCUUCCUGGACUUUGUCAACGAGUCGCCAACUCCUUAUCAUGUCGUGAGCACCGUCAAGAAGGAGCUCAAGGAACACGGGUUCCAGGAGCUCUCUGAGCGUGCCAACUGGGCCGGCACGAUCAAGAAGAACUCCAAGUACUUUGUGACAAGAAAUGCGUCCUCGUUGAUUGCCUUCGCCGUCGGCGGAGAGUACCAGCCGGGCAACGGGUUCGCCAUGGUCGGCGGCCACACGGACUCCCCCGUGUUGAGAAUCAAGCCAAUCUCCAAGCAGACGAAGGAGGGGUACCACCAGAUCGGCGUCGAGCCGUACGGGGGCGGGAUCUGGCACACCUGGUUCGACAGAGACUUGAGCGUUGCCGGACGGGUCUUUGUCAACUACCCGGACACGGGCAAGUGCGUGGCCAAGCUGGUCAAGAUCAACAGACCGCUUUUACGGAUCCCCACUUUGGCCAUCCACUUGACCAAGGACAGGUACGUGAAGUUCGAGUUCAACAAGGAGACCCAGUUCAAGCCGAUCGCCGGGCUCGUUAACUCGUCGAGCUUGUCAGACUCGCCAGACUCCUCCAAGCCAGCGGCGGCUAAGGAUGGCUGCUGCAAGGGCGAAGAUCUCACCGAGGAAGAGUUUCACUCCGUGAAGUCCACCAUCGAGAGACAUAACAAAGAGUUGUUGGAUCUCAUUUCCCAGGAGUUGGACAUCGAGCCUUCGCAGAUCGAGGAUUUCGAGCUCGUGCUCUACGACACCCAGCCUUCCUGUCUCGGCGGCAUGAAGAACGAGUUCAUUUUCUCCCCCAGAUUAGACAACCAGGUCACUUGCUACAGCGCCACCGAAGCGUUGGUCAAAUCCGUCGCCGACGGGAAGUUGGCCAAGAGCAGCGGCAUCCAGCUUAUUUCCUUGUUCGACCACGAGGAGAUCGGAUCCUUGUCUGCACAGGGUGCAGACUCCUCCUUCUUACCCAACGUGCUUGAGAGACUCACCCGGCUCACCGCCAACCCGCAGGUCGACUUGACCAGCGAGCUCCCUAGCUCCUACUUCCUCACCACCAUGGCCAAGUCCUUCAUGAUCUCGUCCGACAUGGCGCACGGCGUUAACCCAAACUACACGGAGAAUUAUGAGGCCUACAACCGUCCACACUUGAACGACGGCCCUGUCAUCAAGAUCAAUGCAAACCAGAGAUACGUCACAAACUCCGCCGGCAUUGUGCUUCUCAAGAAGAUCGGAAACCUCUCCAAGGUGCCACUGCAGCUCUUCGUCAUCAGAAACGACUCCCCCUGCGGCUCCACCAUCGGCCCUAUGAUCAGCGCCAAGCUUGGUGUGAGAACCUUGGAUCUCGGUAACCCGCAGUUGAGCAUGCACUCCAUCCGGGAGACAUGCGGUGCUGCAGACAUCGAGAAGCUCGUUGCUCUCUUCGAGUCGUACUUUGAAAACUACAGUUCUCUGGAAGACACGAUUUCGGCAAGCACGAUUUUGGCGAUGCCUAAUGUCCUAGAGGCUGAGGGAGAAGAUCAGCGGUCGGUCGUUCAUUGGGAUGAGCUUCAGAAGGUCUUGGAGAUGCAAUGCCACAUUGACCAGUAUGACGUGGAGCAGAUGAACGAAGAUGAGGUGCCUAACUUUUUGGACACAAAGAAAAAACUCAUCAAUAUUGAAGUACCUCAGGUUUUGCUCUACCAGAAAGAUCCCUCUAAGCGUGAGAAGUUUUUGGCGAAAGUGGAUGAACUCAUCAGGAGAAUAUGCAUGAAAUUCCCUUCACCCAAGGUCAGUGUGGUGCUUGCCAGCACGACACCGACUGAAGUCGAUUACAACUCCAUUGCCAACAGAGAGGAAGUUGUGGAGUACUACCAGAUACCAGACGACCCUAAGGUUUUGAGCGUGUCGCUGCGGGAACAGGUGAAGACAAGCAAGCGUUUCAUAUUCCCCGACAUAACGGUGUUUGAUAAGACACGUUACCACGAGUUCGAGCGGAACGAGAUCGGCGAUACCCACCGCUUGAGUGAUUUGAAGGACAAAGAGUGGGCCAAAGAUGGAGGCAAGAAUCCGGUGGAAGUCGAGGACGACACGUGGCUUGAGCGGAAGGAGAAGACGGUUGAAAAAGGAGAAAGCUUGUACAAAUUCGGAGAAGACGACGAUUUCCAUUCGGCUUUGGAAGACAAACAAUUUGUCGUGGAUAAUGCGAUCUGGAUUGCAUGCGCAAUGGCAAAGGAAGUGGAGAGACUUAUUAGACAGAACGGUGCUAUUCCUGCAUCUAUUGGCUUUGUUAAGGGGGUGCCAACAGUAGGUUUAAACGAAAGCGAAAUAGAAUUGCUAGGCCUACCGGAUAUUUACAAUGUCAAGAUAACGAGGCGUGACUUCGCCAACGUUUUGACGAGAAAGCUUACUGGUGGUACGACAAUAGCGGGGACAAUGAUUCUGGCCAACAUAGCAGGAGUCGACGUUUUCGCAACUGGAGGUCUAGGAGGGGUGAGCCGUCCAUGGACACUUGCCGAUGUUAGUGCUGAUUUAGAUGAGCUCAGCAAAACACCUGUUGCAGUUGUAUGUUCAGGACCAAAAAGCAUUUUAGAUAUCAAGCGAACUAUGGAGUACUUGGAAACUAAAGGUGUUCCAGUUGCGACAUACAUUGAUGAAGAUAUGAAGAACAGUCUGGAACUGGCGAUAAGAACAAGAUUGGACGAUUUGAAAGCAUUGUCGACGCCUGAAAGUCACAAUGAGAUCAACCGUAUUUGGGAGUCUCAGGGGAUCAAUGUUCCAGGUUUUUAUGUUAGGGAUUCUGGUAAUGGCUAUGUUUUUUGUGCGCCAGCUCCUGUGGAAGCGGCAAUGGAUAGGGAAGCCAUUGACGGGGUUAUCGAAGAAGCACUCCGUCUGGCGGAGGAGAAAAAUGUGACUGGGAAACAUUUAACACCAUUCAUGUUGCAAACCUUGUACGACAAGACCAACGGGGCCAGUGCCAAGUGUAACGUCACCUUUGUGAAAAACAACACUGUUCUUGGUUCCAAAAUCGCAUCAGACUUGUGCUUGGUUAAAGGGGGGAAGAGGUCGCUAGUGCAGCCGCAAUUCGAAACUGUCGAGCCAGCAAAGCAUGAAGUAAGAGCUACAGCUAAGACUACAACUACGACCCCACUCAAUCCAAGUGCCGUGGUGAUUGGAUCCGUUGCGCUGGACACCAUGUGCCAGUUUCCAGCUGAAAAAAUUAAAUUCGGUGAUUCCAACCCCGGUAGCAUAGGCAAGGGCAGCAUCGGUGGGGUAGGCUUCAAUGUUGCUCUAGCAGCGUCCUGCUACGACCCUUCGCAUCCCGCCGUGCUCAUCUCUGCUCUCAACAAGAACGACAAUGCGGGCGACUUCAUAUUGAAGCAAUUUGACCGCUUUUCGAUGCCGCAGCAGGGCAUCAUACAUCUGCCAGGAGAGGCCACCGCACAGUACAUCUCGAUGCACGACUCCAAGGGGAGCCUAGCGUUGGCAUGCGCUGACAUGGACAUCAUUGAGAAAAUCCCCUCUGCCCAGUUGCUCACGAUUUACACCUCGUUUGCAGAGAGCGGCAAGUUCGAGGACAUCGACAACUGGUUCAACGUCCUCGACUCGCUUGGGGUCGGUGGAGACUUCCGAGAACGUCUCAGCCAUGCGUCCCACAGAUUCCCAUUGAUCGCCACCUAUCUACACCAGGGCGUGUUCCAACAGGCGUUCCAGCUACUUCCCUUCUUCCCCAACAUUCUCGUCAAGGACGGGGCGAAUGGAUUUUCAAACAUGACUAGUGUCCAGCUCCCACCAGGAAGAGUCGAAACAUUGACCGACGACCAGGAACACGUGCUCAAGCAGGUGUGGAUGUACAUGCUCCAUUUCCAAGGGUACAACAUCAAACCUCCUGGCCCACUACUGAGAUCGAACUCGAUAAACUCGACGAGAUCGGCAAAGACACACGAGGCUCCAGCUCCGGUCGAAAAGAAGGAGAAGAAGAAGGGCGGGUUUUUGGGCAGAUUGAAGCGUAACAAAGGAACGGAUGAGAUUUCACAACCACAUCACAGUCGCCAUAGCCAAGAAGCUUUGAAGAGAACUCUUUCGAACCAGUCUGCAAUUGAUCCAAACGUGAAGCACUCGACAGAUCUGGGGGUCCACUCUGCCCUACGCUCACUGAACCCGAAGGAAACAGAAGAGGGCUUUUGGAACGCAUUGCGUCACGACAGCCCGGACAACUUCAUGCUUCGAUUUAUCCGUGCCAGAAAAUGGGACGUUGACAACUCGCUACUGAUGCUGGCUCACUCGAUCGAGUGGCGUAUCGAUGAAAGUAGAGUCGACCAGGUUCUACGUGCGAGUGAGCUAGGCUGUUUGGAAAAGAAACAGGAAGGCGUUCUCACUCAAUUCAGAAGCGGAAAGUGUAUCAUCAGAGGGAGAGACAAAAAGGGCAGACCAAUUGUUAUUGUGAGACCCAGGUUCCAUCACAGCUCUGAUCAAACCUUCGAAGAAGUCGAGGUAUUCACAUUGCUGUUGAUUGAAUAUGCCAGAUUGAUGCUUACAGAGCCUAUUGACCAAUGUGCAUUAAUAUUCGACUUGAAAGGUUUCACCAUGGCCAACAUGGACUACGAACCUGUGAAGUACAUGAUCAAAGCGUUUGAAGCGCACUACCCAGAGUCCUUAGGCAUUUUACUCAUCCAUAGAGCACCAUGGAUUUUCAACGGUAUCUGGCAAAUUGUUAAAAACUGGUUGGACCCCGUUGUCGCCUCCAAAAUCAAUUUCACGAAACAUGCUUCGGACCUCGAAAAGUUCAUUGACAACAAACAAAUUCUGAAAGAGAUGGGUGGCAGUGAUGAUUACGAAUAUAAGUACCUCGAGCCUACUAAGGAGGCCAACGGUUUGGCCACAAAUGAUAAGGCCAUGGUUACUAGCUCCGAAACCCAAAGGGAAUCAUUGAGAAAGGAGUUUGUGAAUAAGACAAUUGAAUGGAUAGAAGCUUCUGAUGUUGCCACUUCGAAAAAACUGCUACAGGAAAGAAUCGCUAUAAGUAAGCAAUUGAGCGAAAACUAUAGAACCUUCGAUGGUUGUGUUAGAAACAGAGGUGUUUAUGAUAGACUUGGAGAUAUCACAUUCGGUUGA